UUUCAAUUGAGAAUCAAUGUUCGAUUGAAUCCUUCAUAUAUAUAUAUAUUUCUUCAAGAAUCACUUUUGAUUUUAAUUGAUGAUGAAGAAUAAAAGGGCAAGGACGAGUGUGGACAAGGCGGUGGUUGAUGUUUGGCAACGGGAAGUCGGAGCACUCUCGACUAGGAAUUUCGCCCACCGGCUUGCAGCUUCUGAGGAUCUUGUGCUCCGACUCGAAAUUUACAAGAAACUCGAAAAGCACCGAGGUUGUGUGAACACUGUGAGCUUUAACGCUGAUGGUAACAUUUUAGUCACAGGCUCCGAUGAUAGGAGGGUUAUACUAUGGGAUUGGGAAAGGGGGCAUGCCAAGCUUACUUUUCAGUCAGGCCAUGUCAACAAUGUUUUCCAAGCAAAAAUCAUGCCUUACUCAGAUGAUCGCACCCUGGUUACUUGUGCUGCUGAUGGGCAGGUCCGACAAGCUCAAAUUUUGGAACGAGGUGUCGAAACUAAGCUGCUGGCCAAACAUCAGGGACGAGCUCAUAAAUUGGCUAUUGAACCAGGGAGCCCUCAUAUAUUUUACACUUGUGGUGAAGAUGGAUUAGUGCAGCAUAUUGAUCUUAGAACUGCAGCGUCUACGGAACUUUUCACAUGCCGGCCAAUUGAUGAUAGCAGGGCUUCCAUGGCAUUUAUCCAUCUCAAUGCUAUUGCAAUCGAUCCAAGGAAUCCAAAUCUCUUUGCAGUUGCAGGAUCGGAUGAAUAUACUCGCCUUUAUGAUAUUCGCAAAUAUAAGUGGGAUGGCUCAACUGAUUUUGGUCAACCGGCGGAUUAUUUUUGCCCCCCUCAUUUGAUCGGUGAUGAUCAAGUUGGAAUAACUGGCUUGGCUUUUUCAGAUCAGAGUGAGCUUCUUGUCUCCUACAAUGAUGAGUUCAUCUACCUCUUUACAUGGGAUAUGGGGCUGGGGCCCAAUCCGGUCCCGUCAUCUCCGUUAUCUGCAAUUAAUGAAGCAAGUGAAUUGGGAUUUGAUCACUCAGCUAUGGAUUCCAAUGACAAGGUUGUUCCUCAAGUUUAUAAGGGGCAUAGAAAUUGUGACACUGUGAAAGGUGUGAGCUUCUUUGGACCUAAAUCUGACUAUGUGGUUAGCGGAUCCGACUGUGGCCGUAUAUUUAUUUGGAAGAAGAAAGUCGGAGAGCUCAUUCGUGUUAUGGAAGCGGAUAAGGAUGUGGUAAAUUGUAUCGAGUCUCAUCCUCAUACCACAGUUCUUGCUAGCAGCGGAAUCGAGUCUGACAUCAAGAUAUGGACUCCAAAGGGUAUUGAUAAACCUACUCUUCCCAUAAAUGUUGAACAGUUCAAACCGAAACCUAGGGCUUGGAUGCACCGUUUUGCUUCACCUCAGGACCUGAUGUUGCACUUGUUUUCGAUGCGAAGGUGGGAUAGUAGCCCAGAGCGUAAUGGAGAGAACUCGUCGUCAGCGGCGAGCCAGGAACUUCUACAGCUUAUAUGGACAUUCAAUGCCAAUAGUGAUGCUUCGGAUGACGGUGGGAAUGCCUCCGGUCCGGAGGACUUGUUUUGUUGAAUGAUGAUGCAUGCACACAUGCAGGCAACCAUGCUUUAGUAUAUUGUACAUAACAUAGGGCUUUCAACCACAUUCAGUG